AUGACAAGUUUGUCCAUACAACAACGGCCUGACUGGACAUCUUACCAGCAAUAUCAGAUUUCCUUCAUUUAUGCUUUUUCAAAUACCUUUGAUACGCCUCAAGCUGAACACAUACCCAACUUUUAUAAACUACCCAAGUUUACUCCGAGAGAGUUGGAAGAAGAAAUACAAAAACCAGAGAGUCAAUUGAUAUAUAAUAUUGUCUGCGCUGCGCUAUCUAAUAUUCUUAAUAGAAAUAGGCUUAUAGAGUCUUUCAAAGGCACACUUCUACAGCUUUUAACGGACAAAAUCAAAGCUACUGAUAUAGAUUUAGAGACUAACCCUCUUGUUGGAGAGAACAACUUCUUCACACUAUCUACAGAAAUGAAACUUUACAUACUAUAUAAUCUUAUGGAAUGGCAACUGCAGGACAGCUUAAGUGUCAAGACCCUUAUCGAUUACAACGUCAACAAUAAAAAUAAUCAGUACUACGAUUUAAAUCGCAUUCGAUACAAACCCCUUGGUACUGACGAUAAAAAGCGAAUCUACUGGCAAUUUGGCGAAUCAGGUUGGAUCUGGCGAGAGGAUAAAAGUAAAAAGCCUAGACACAAAAACAAAGUAGCUACAGUGGACAAUUGGGAGCUCUUGUGCCGCACCAAAGAAGAUAUCGAGGACUUGACGAAAUCUCUCAAGUCUUCAAGCACUACUGACACCAACAGCAGUAAAAAGAGGCGAUAUUUUCCUAACAUUGAUUUGGCAGAGGAAAUCGAGACUAGAGGACUCGACUUUAUGUUGGAAAAGGAGGAAAAGAAGCGAUUAGCUAAGGAAAGAGCCGAAUUACGCAAAUUGAUGCCAGUUGAAGUCAACAUUACACGCACACAGUUGCGAUCCAGAGGGGUUAGAGCCAACCGCAAAUCAUAUAAUUAUGAUGAAAAAGAAAUUUACGGCAAUAUCACAGAUGAUGAAGAUGACCAGACCUACGAAUCAGAAAACGAGGCUAAGAUUGUAAUAGAAGAAAAACCUAAAACACAACCUACGCGUUGGAGUAGUCGGUUACAUAAAUAUAAUUCUAACAGUGUCGCAUCUACUGAUGACAAAGAUAAAAUGAUCACAGAUUGA